AUGGAGCUGAAAGGCCAACGUGCUUCUAAAAAAUGCCUGCAAUCUGGUAUUUUGCACUUGGACUUACCAUAUUACAAAUUGAAAUGCAUGAGAGGUUCACUCACUGAGGAGAAACUAAAGAGUGUUAUCACUGAAGUAAUCGCGAAAGAAAAGUCUUUACAUGAAAUGGAGGCAGAAUUUGUUCGGCUAAAGGAAAUGCGUGCCUUGCAGAAUUUCUUCAUCAGGCAUUCAAACUGUGAGUCUUGGAAAGAAGCACAAGAAAGGUAAAUGAAUUAAAUUAACACACUCUUUCAAUCAUUAUGUCACAACUACAUUGUUUUCAACUUAGGACCACCCUAAAUGGAAAGGAUUUCAAGUUGUUUCUCAUGAGUUAUGCCACAAUUAAUGAUUUGGAAACUCGAAGAAGUGCAUGCAAAAAUGCGAAGUUAUGCAAAAAUGUGUCCCUUAUCUGUCAUAUGCGUAUUGUAUUUUCAGCUAAGCAGCCAUUCCAAAGCACUAGUUUUUUAUCCAUCUGUGACUUGGACAAUUGCCCAGUUUAGACAUUGCAAUUCAUUGUUUGGGUGAAAAUAUAGUACAAUACAGUACACAUGUCACAGAUAAGUCAGCCUUCGUCCACAAUUCUAUUUAAUUUUAAGCUGAGUGUAUUAAAAUUCAGUUAUAUUAUUUUUGUAAGGUUUCCAUUGUUCACCACUGAAGAAAAACUACAAGGUUUCCGAGGCGAUGUAAUACAUGGCAAAUGCAAGGAAAGAUUUUUAUCUUUUAUGCAUCGAGUUAUGGCAACUGAAUUUGCUGACCGGGAGAAUCCAGCGUCAAAGAUGGUUGAACUGUUGACUGUCGACUGCCUGGCAGAACUCUCUCCAACAUUAACAGCUGAAAUUCCCCUCUUCAGUGGUUCAGAGCUUGUCUUUUUAGACGUGCCAAAGGUAAGAGAUGUAAUAAAUUAUCCAACAUAUAAUAGACAAUUUGCAUCACAGGCUAAAUUUUAAUGUAAGCAAAAACACCACAGCUAAAACACCACAGCUAAAAAGAACAUAAUGUUUGUCUGAAGUUUGGUUGCAAAAUGUCGUAAACUUUCCAAGGCUAUAAAUAUUUUCCAAAUCUUUAGCAAAUAUAUAAUUUUUGGCAUACAUGAAAAAAUUAGUCUAUAAUGCAAAUUGCCAUUAGCUGCCACACUGGUUUAGUUUAAUGCAUGCGAUCGCUACACAUGGUGUGGUUUGUGUGUGCAAUUGGAGUUGUGUGGUGACUGCAUUUGUUAAUUAAACUUCAUUCUGGUUGAGAUGUUGUCAUAAAUUUUAGCUCAUUCAACAUAGUUUGUAAUGAAGUGUGUCAUAUUUCUUAACUUUGUUAACUUUAGAAAUGCAGAAGAUUGAUUUUUGGCAAUAUUUUUGUGUGUUUUAAUUGCUUGCAUGACUACUCCUUGAAAUUAUAUAAUGUAUAUAUGUAGUGGUUUUACCUCAAAAAUGUUGCCACAAGCUUGCUUCGUCUAAGAGGAAUUAUCAGGUGAAUUUAAAUAACGUGCUAUGUUGUUGCCUAUGAUUCAGUACUGACACUGUAUUAAUAUAACCCUUUUGACAUCAAACAUGUACACAGUAUAUCCUACACAACAGCAUAGCGUGUUAUUUAAAUUCACCUGAUGAGUGUGGCAAGCCUCGUCUUGGGACAAAUUUGUAGUGAAAUAAUGCUCAUAUGAAGUAACUCAAGUUUGUCUACUGUUAUUAGCUCUAACUACAGUAUUCAUGAGGACUCUACUCAUUUUAUGAUUCCAAACUUGAUACCUGUCUACAUAUAUAUGGUAUAUACUAUACAGUAUAUCGUUUCGGGAAUCAUUAACAGGAUAAGAAAACAAGCGAAUUAGGUUGCAGAUGGUUGAUUAUUAUUUUGCUAUUUUGCCUCUCUAGGAUUGGACACAAGAGGACCUGAAACAUUUUUUGAAAAUAAUUAAGGGCAUUGACAUCAGAAAUAAUGUUCGAGAAACGAGAUAUGUGAUGUUUCCAGUGACCAACCCUACAAAGAUCCAGAUGAAGCAAGUCAACAUGAUGGCAAGUGUGCUGGAUGAAAUGCAGCUAGGAUGGGCCAUUGCCUAUUAUCAAUAUUCCAGUACCACACCAAAAGGUAACAAACUUGAUAAAUUAUAUAAUUCACAAGAGAUUUGUUUAUUUGUAGGUUUUCUAGUCAGUCAUGCAACUUGAAACAUGUUUACACAAUAAGUGAAAUUGUUUGGGGCAAGACAGUUAGUUAAGGCGGAUUUCCAGUCCUCGCACGAAGCUCCUCGCAGCUCGCUGCAAGUGAUGCAUGAGCACUUUCAUCCAAUCACAAUGCUAGACAGUUAAGUUAAUGAAAUAUUUUUUUUCUAGAGCAAUGUCUCCUCACAAACUCGACCUUCCCUUUCCUGGUAACCAGGACCUCCAAGAUUGUGAAGAGUAACAAUCAUUUUUCUGUCCCUGAGGAUAUCGCCAUUAAAGAAAGAGACAGUGGUAUGGUUUACAAAAGACAAAAGCCAGUAAAAUUAUAUGAAGAACUUUUAGAGGUUUUGAAGGCAGACAAGUCACAACAUGUGAUAGAUGCAUGCAGUGGUGUCGCCUCUUGCGCAGUGGCUUGUCUGUCAAAGGACAUAAAAUGUGUUGUUCUUGAAAAAUCUGCCAUAAAGGCGAGGUUAAUUUCUCAGAGACUAAAACAUUAAAUCAAGUAAACUCUGUUACUAUAGUGCAUCCUUAGCUUAUAUAUACAUAUUCAAUUACGGUUACCCAAGCAAUAGUCUAAUAUUUAGCUAUUUAUUCCAAAU